AGUAAGCUCCAUUGUAAUGUACCAUGCGACGGUUUGAAGGGAUGGCCAUAUCGGUCAACUUAUCUUUCCUUGUUCUUUGGGAUCUAGAUCACUCAGCCACCAAAUAUAAUGUCGUUCCCUCAGUUCGUCUGCCUCCCUCCAGAACUCCAAGACCUAGUCUGGGACCAGGCAGCAGCCCUCUCUCCAUGCCUUCACUUCCUCCAGAAGCUCCCGGACACCAGCUGGGUAGAUUGGGACAUGCAUCUCGUUCCGGACCGACACCAAUCCGCAGACAUCAACUUGCGAAAUCUCUCGCUCGCCUGCCAUGACGCCCGUUCGGCCGUGAUCCGACACACCCGGGCGAUUGAGCAUAAGACACUUGUGCCCAUGGCCAAACACGGUAGCCCGCCUGUGUCGAUGACCCCCUUAACCCUCGACCUAACCAGCGACCUCGUCUGCUUCGGAGGAGCGGACACCGGACCAAGAGAAACCAUGGCGGCGGUGGAUUGGGCUGAUUUCGAGCACAUUGUGUUUACGGGCGCCCGCCGGUUCGCGGUAAGAUACUUUCGCCCUGGAUGGAACGUGUGGGGAAUUUCGACGGACGACGACCCCAGCGGCGACGAAGGAGUGGGGUUGAGCCCAGAGGAGCUGCAGGCCAUGUGGAGGCAUGAGUGUGUGCACUGGACACAUGUCGGGGUCGCGGGGGGCCCGGGGCCCGACGGGCCUGACGGCGACGGGGAAGGGAGGAGGGAUCUUGAGAUUCACUAUCCCGAAGCCGACCCGCCCUUUUGUGCGCGGUGUGUGGCUAACGUGGUGAGAAGGUUUGAGAGGUUGGAAGAGUUUUGGCUGAUUAUUGACCCGGACUGCUUGGACAUGUUGGAUGCGGCGAUGGGUAGGGACGGUGGUAAAGAGGACAGAAGUAAAGAAGCGAUGGCUGAGGAGGGGAAAGGGACAGAGACGAUGGAUAAAACAGAGAUGUCGGCCACUGGGCCAAGAAAGAAACGGACUUUCCACUCGUACAGCCGGACGUAUUUCAGCCUGGAUGACCAUGAUGUGCGAAGUGAGCCGAGAGGCCCUAUGAGGGCUUUACAGGCUAUCAGAGACAACUUGGAAGUAGCAUCGAUGCUGUCCGGUUCAAGGCCGGAUUGGAUGAAUCAUGUUCGGUAUGGACUGUUGUCGUGGCGAGAUGACCGGCAGACCAAGUGAUGAGGAUCAUUUUCAGGGUGCCGAUGCUGAUGUAUCCGGACGAUACCAUGGUCCCGUCAUCCUCGUCCUCAUCGCCGUCGAAUCCGUUCCCCGGG